AAGGACAAAGAUUUCUCCCCUAAAGAGAAGAGGAAGGGAAGAAGAACACAUAUCCAUAAACUGGUCACAGGCAGCAGGACCACCAGGUCUUCUGACAAUGACCCAUCUGUUUCUUUUUCUCCUUUUUGGAGCCUUAGCUCUCUCUGGCUCAGAAGGUGCUGGCAACUCCACAGCCAGGCAUCGCAAUGCUCGGUUCUUGUUUGAUUUUUUUGGCAGACUUAAUCCUGAACAUAACAUAAUUCCUAACCCAUCUCAACAAGACUCAUCUGCAAGGCAGAUCUGUCGAAGUCGGUGCCAGAAAGGCUGGAUUAGUUACAAAGACCACUGUUACAUGCUUAUUCAAGAGAGAAUGACAUGGCUGGAAGCUGAGAAAACAUGUUCGGCUAAAAGUGCAGGAGGUCACCUAACCAGCAUCACCAGUGCAGAACAGAAUGAAUUCCUUCGUAAGCUUUCUCAGGGACAACAGAAUACCCAGUUCUGGACAGGGGGAACGUACCUAAAGGGUUCAUCGUUGAAAUGGAGUGAUGGAUCUCUGAUAACCUUUGUCCAGAGGCCUCUGUCAUCCAUUUUCCAUGCUGUUGGAGGACUAAUUAACAGCCUGCUUAACAUAAAACUUUGCCUGAUGGUCAAUAUCGGAGGAGGGGCUCAGUGGGACAGCUCCCCCUGCGGUCAGAAGCUGCCAUUCAUCUGCACUUACAAACCAAGCCUGGUCCAACUGUCACUGAACCACUGAUGAAACCUGACUGGUUGCCACGGCAUUUGGAAUUGAGUUCACCUGAAAUACAUUAGUGCAGAAAAAUCUUUUGCAUGGAAAAAUCAAGGUCUUAUACGAAAAAAAGAAGAGGUAUUGUAGCAAGUGACAUUUCUGUCCUGUUUGCAUUAUUGUGGUGAUUUUCCUGCAGACUAUCUUUAUAAUGAUCUUAUUAAAAUAAAUUCCGAUUUUAUUUGAAUGCUUGAUGAAAUCAGCGUACCGUUUAGCUUUUCCACAGGGUGUUCAAGAAUAUUCAUAAGAGCUCUUUAAUUAUUAAAUAAUUACCAAUCAUGCAUUAAAACUUUAUUCAUUUCACCAUUUAAUCAUGCCAGGCAAUGCAUUUUAAAUCCCAGAUAUUUUUUCCUUUA